GACGGACACCGACGACGGUGAAUUAAAGGUCGAGGCAGAAUAGAAAUAAAUACGUCGAGUGGUAACGAGAUAGUGGCUAAAGACAGAAAAUAGAAGAAGACAGAGAGUUAAUUUUCUCAUGUGCAACGAAAAAAAGAAACAAAAAAUAUUCAUCACUUCAUUUUGCUUUGACCCAUAGUUUUUGGGGUUUCCUAUAGAGUUACAUUCAGGAACAAAUUCAAAGGUCACCUUGAAAAAAAGUCUAAUCGUGAAACAGGUGACACUCCUGACACUUGAUUCGAAAAGCACUGUGAAUUUAUUAAUUGUGACAAAAAAUUAUCAAUUAAUUUUACUAAUAAAAAACGAAGGAUAGUUGACUAAUUUUUGUGUUUAGAGUAUAUUUACAAAGAAAUCAUGGAGGAAGAACAAAUAGCACAAAGGUUCAUAAAACCUGGUAGUCACAAGGGUAAAGGAUUGGCUGUUUUUACGAGCGGAGGUGAUUCCCAAGGAAUGAAUGCAGCCGUCCGUGCCGUAGUACGAAUGGGAAUUUAUUUAGGAUGUAAAGUUUUCUUUAUCAAAGAGGGUUAUCAAGGUAUGGUGGACGGCGGAGAAAAUAUAGUCGAAGCAACUUGGUCAUCAGUGUCUUGUAUCAUCCACAGAGGUGGUACCGUGAUAGGAUCAGCACGUUGCAUGGAAUUCAAGGAACGAGCUGGACGUAAACGCGCAGCGAAAAAUUUAGUUCUUCGCGGAAUUGCGAAUUUAGUUGUCAUCGGUGGUGACGGUUCUCUCACCGGUGCAAAUCUAUUCAAGGAAGAAUGGACCGAUCUUUUGAAGGAAUUGGCAAAAGACGGCGACAUAACGCAAGAACAAUCCGAAAAAUACGUGCAUCUUCACAUUGUUGGAUUGGUAGGCUCCAUUGAUAAUGAUUUCUGCGGCACUGACAUGACAAUUGGUACUGAUUCUGCACUUCAUAGAAUUAUCGAGAGUAUUGAUGCCAUUGUCAGUACUGCGUACUCUCAUCAGAGAACAUUUAUUAUGGAAGUUAUGGGUCGUCAUUGUGGCUAUCUGGCUCUGGUAGCAGCUAUUUGUUGCGAAGCUGAUUUCGUCUUCAUCCCCGAAUGGCCCGCUGAGCGAGAUUGGCCGAACAAGUUGUGCAAAAAAUUAUUGCAGGAACGUUUAACUGGGCAACGAUUAAACAUCAUCAUUGUGGCAGAAGGAGCCGUCGAUCAAAAUGGAGAUCCAAUUACAGCAGAAAACGUGAAAAAAGUUGUGGUCGAUAAAUUGCAACAGGAUACAAGAAUCACUGUUCUUGGACACGUACAACGUGGAGGAAAUCCAUCAGCUUUCGACAGAGUUUUAGGAUGUCGUAUGGGAGCUGAGGCAGUUAUGGCUUUAAUGGAAGCAACACCAGAAACUGAGGCUUGUGUUGUUACUCUCGACGGAAAUCAAGCCGUUCGUUUACCACUAAUGGAAUGUGUACGUCGAACAAAAGCCGUUGCUCAAGCAAUGGCUGAUAAAAAUUGGGAUCUUGCUGUACAACUUCGUGGAAAAGGAUUCGUGCGAAAUUUAGAAACGUACAAAAUGUUGACACGAUUGAAGGCACCGGUCGAUCCUGAUGCAAGCAAGGAAAAUAAUAAUGGUCCCGUCCUAACUAAGCAAUUCACUCUAUGUGGACAAGAUCAUUAUACGAUGGCUGUUAUGCACGUUGGUUCACCUUCUUGUGGAAUGAACGCAGCAGUUCGUUCCUUUGUGAGAAAUUGCAUCUAUCGUGGAGACAAGGUUUAUGGAAUUUGCGAUGGUGUCAUGGGACUUGAGGCAGGAAAAUUGAAACUAAUGGACUGGGCAUCUGUAACUAGCUGGGUGGCACAGGGUGGCGCUUAUUUAGGAACAAAACGUGCUCCACCAACAAACGAACAACUACCGCACAUUGCUCAAAAACUCAAAGAAUUUGGAAUUCAAGCUCUUCUAAUUAUUGGAGGUUUUGAGGGCUACCAAACAGGACUCACUUUCUACAAAGCAAGAGACCAGUUCGAUGAAUUUAAAAUCCCAAUUGCCAUGAUUCCAGCAACAAUUAGUAAUAACGUUCCGGGAACGGAAUUUUCUCUUGGAUGUGAUACUGCUCUUAACGAAAUUACAGAGAUUUGUGAUAGAAUUCGUCAAUCUGCUCAAGGAACGAAACGACGUGUAUUUAUUAUUGAAACAAUGGGUGGUUACUGUGGAUAUUUGGCCACAGUCGCUGGUUUAGCGGGUGGUGCCGAUGCAGCUUAUAUUUUUGAAGAGAAAUUCAACAUCAAGGAUUUAAAUCAUGACGUCAUUGCAAUGGCUGCAAAAAUGUCUGAGGGAGUUCAGAGAGGUCUAAUUCUACGCAAUGAAAAUGCUAAUUUAAAUUACAAUACAGAUUUUAUGCAAAGGCUCUUUAGUGAAGAGGGCAAGGGACUCUUCAGUUGCAGAAGUAAUAUUAUAGGUCACAUGCAACAAGGAGGAUCUCCCACUCCGUUCGAUAGAAAUCUAGGUACCAAAAUGGGUGCCAAAGCAGUGGAAUGGUUUUCUGAACAACUUAAAAAAUAUCCCAAUCCUGAGGGCAAAGCAAGCGAUCCUGACAGCGCUGUUAUGUUGGGAAUCGUCAGAAGACAAUACAGAUUCACGCCCUUCAAAGAUCUUAUUCAAGUCACUGAUUUUGAUCAUCGAAUUCCAACUUAUCAGUGGUGGAUGAAAUUGCGUCCUUUGUUGAAAGUACUGGCAAAACACGAAUCAACAUACGAAGAAGAAGGUCUUUACAUAACAGUGGAAGAAAUGGAUUUCGACAAUGAUCCACCUCUCGUCUAGGUAUUUCUAUUAUACAUAAAAGCAAACAAAAUUUUAGCGAAUUUCAUCGUAAAUAUAAUGUUUUCCUAGCCGUAUCUCGAUAAAUGUUUGUAUAAUAUGCACGUUACGCUAUAAGUCUUUAAAAAAAAUAGUUCAGUAAUGCUCGCGUCUAGUUGAAUUUUAAACACCGAAGAAAAAGAAAUUAAUUUUAGUAUACAAAUGAAAAAGAAAAAAGGAGGCUAAUUUUAUCGUAGUUUCAUGCGCUUGACAUGUUGCUUGAUUGCAACAUUAAUAAAAUACAUAAUAUAUUUUUUAACUUAUAUAAAAAUUGUUUUUAUAAAUAUUACAAUAUAUUUUAUGGCUGGUCACAUCGUUUUACUGUAAUUUAAAAAUAAAAACAUUUUUUCUUCUUA